AUGGUGAUAUUUAGGGAACGCCACCUUUUGGGGUAAGCGAAUAAGACGAUAACGAAAAAUUAAACGAAACUUUUUAUCUCUCGUAUCUCUCUCUUUCUUUUAUAUAUCUUCUUCAUCUUUUAUCUCUCCCCGCUCUUUUUCUAGCCGUGUUGUGUGUGUUUGUUUUCUUUUGCAUUUCCCUUUGGGCUAUGUGUGUGUGUUUUUGUGUGGGGUGUGUGUGGGUUGGGGUCUGGCUGUUGUCGUUGUUCGUCUGUUGUCUGUUCUGUCGUCUGUCGUCUGUGGGUUGGCCCGUCUGUUGUCUGUGUUGGGGGGGUUGUCUGUUUUGGAUUGCGUGUGUGUCCUCCCCUAUAGGUGGAACCAGCUGGACCUGUCCAUAGUGUUGUUGUCAGUGAUGGGUAUCACUCUGGAGGAGAUUGACUACAAUGCUUCUCUACCCAUCAACCCUACCAUCAUCAGAAUCAUGAGGGUGCUACGGAUAGCACGAGGUACAAACACACACAUACAUGCAAGUACGCACACACACACACACACACACACACACACACACACACACACACACACACACCCUUCCCUUUUCACCUCCAUACUAACGGAAGAAAGCUAAUGCCGACAUUCCGUAUUCUACUAUACAUUCUAUUUCUCCCAUCAUCAUCAUCAUAAGCCUCCUCCCUUCUCCUCUCUCACACACACACGCACGCACACACACACACACAUACACACAGGCCACUUAAUGCCUCACUGUGAAAGAACAGAUAAUGAUACAACUAGUAUUUAAAGCUUCGGCACUCGCCACUCAACCCUUCACCCGCUACAAUACCGCUCUGGGACCGCAGAACGACCACCUGGGAAAUAUAUGGUAAUUACAGUCCAGUCAAUAUGUGGAAUUACGAGCGGUUGUGUUAUCUGAUUGGAAGGCUACGCUUAUGCAGCUCGAGUCCAGAGGGUCUUUUUCUGUGUGAAUGCUACAGUAACUAGUGUAGCUGACUGAUUAGAUAGAAGUAGGGAGAGGAUUCCAAAGAGGGCUGUUUUAAAUUCUAAAGGUGCUGUUUUAAAGAGGAAGACAAAACAUCACCAAUGGCAAUUUUAGCUCAAAACACUUCUAUGGAAUUUGCCAUUUUAUUAUUUUAUCUGUCACAAAGGGCACAAACCUAUGCUUUAGCCAUCCCAAUAUUAAAGAACUGGGUUAUACAGGAGUCCCAGGGAGGAGAGAAGGGGGGAGGAGGGGGAGAAGGAGGGAGGAGAGGGAGAGAAGGGGGGAAAAGAGGGGAGGAGGGAAGGAGGGGGAGAAGAAGGGAGGAGGGGGGAGAAGAGGGGAGGAGGGGAGAGAAGGUGGAAUAGAGGGGAGGAGGGGAGAGAAAGGGGAGGGAGAGAGAAGAAGAGGAAUGGGAUAGAAGGCGAGGAGAGGGAGAGAAGAAGGGAGGAGGGGAGAGAAGGGGAGGACAGGGGCUACAUGGAGGAGAGGGAGAGAAGUGGAGACUUUCUAGUGCUUGUUAAUGAUGUUUCAGGGUAAGAAGGCAAACGUUGCUUCUUUCCCCGGGACAGGCUUGUUCUCUCAGCCGUUACUGUUAAAAUGGUACAAUGUUGCCCCCGGGUUCUUUUUUUGUGACAUGGCAUUUUCCUUCUGCACCAGAAAUUGGACCGUUGGGAAUUGUAUAAAAUACCUAUCAUUCUAUUCCCACUUCUCAAUUAAAUUAAAUUAAAUUCAAGGGGCUUUAUUGGCAUGGGAAACAUAUGUUAACAUUGCCAAAGCAAGUGAAAUGGAUAAACAAAAUAUGAACAGUAAACAUUACACUCAGAAGUUCCAAAAGAAUAAAGACAUUUCAAAUGUCAUAUUAUUUCUAUAUACAGUGUUGUAACGAUGUGCAAAUAGUUAAAGUACAAAAGGGAAAAUAAAUAAACAUAAAUAUGGGUUGUAUUUACAAUGGUGUUUGUUCUUCACUUGUUGUCCUUUUCUUGUGGCAACAGGUCCCAAAUAUUGCUGCUGUGAUUGCACACUGUGGUAUUUCACCCAAUAGAUAUCAAAAUUGGAUUUGUUUUCAAAUUCUUUGUGGGUCUGUGUAAUCUGAGGGAAAUAUGUGUCUCUAAUAUGGUCAUACAUUUGGCAGGAGGUUAGGAAGUGCAGCUCAGUUUCCACCUUAUUUUGUGGCCAGGUCUGCCUACGGUGACCUUUCUCAACAGCAAGGCUAUGCUCACUGAUUCUGUACAUUGUCAAAGCUUUCCUUAAUAUUGGGUCAGUCACAGUGGUCAGGUAUUCUGCCACUGUGUACUCUCUGUUUAGGGCCAAAUAGCAUUCUAGUUUGCUCAGAUUUUUUGUUCAUUCUUUCCAUGUGUCAAGUAAUUAUCUUUUAGUUUUUUCAUGAUUUGUUUGGGUUUAAUUGUGUUGCUGUCCUGUUGCUGCAGACUGUUCUAGUGCCCUCGCCAAUUCAUUGAUAUAUAUGUUGAAGUGGGUGGGGCUUAAGCUGCAUCCCUGUCUCACCCCAUGGCCCUGUGGAAAGAAAUGUGUGUUUAUUUUGCCAAUUUUAACCGCCCACUUGUUGUUUGUGUACAUGGAUUUUAUAAUGUUGUAUGUUUUUUCCCUCAACACCACUUUCCAUCAAUUUGUAUAGCAGACCCUUAUUCCAAAUUGAGUCAAAAGCUUUUUUGAAGUCACAAAGCAUGAGAAGACUUUGCCUUUGUUUUGGAUUAUUUGUUUGUCAAUUAGGGUGUGCAGGGUGCAUACGUGGUCUGUCGUACCGUCAUCUUCCAUCUCUCUUUUCUCACUACUGUGUCUGUUCUCUAACAAUGUUUCCCUUUUCCUCUCUUUCUACGCUUUCUAUCUGUUCCUCUUCCUUCCCCCCUCUCUCUUUCUCUCUCGCUCUCGGUCUCUCUCUUUCUCUCUCUCGGUCUCUCUCUCUCGCUCUCUCUUUCGCUCUCUCUCGGUCUCUCUGUCUGUUUCUGUCUCUCUCUCUCUUUCUCUCUGUCUCUCUGUUUCUGUCUGUCUCUCUCUGUCUCACUCUCUCUGUCUAUCCAGUUCUCAAGCUGUUGAAGAUGGCUACAGGAAUGAGAGCUCUUCUAGACACAGUGGUGCAGGCUCUACCUCAGGUGUGUAUCCACUCAAUUACACACACACACACACACACACACACACACACACACACACACACACACACACAUCUCUGUGCCCUAUCCUUUAUCCCUACCACUGAUAGGGGUUCAUUCUGAAUAGGGGAGAGUGGUGGAGGAGCACUGUCAAUAUCUCUGCCACUGACUUUUAUUCUGCAUCACAAAUGGCACCCUGUUCCCUAUGUAGUGCCCUACUACCCAUAGGGUGCUGGUCAUAAGUAGUGCACUACAUAGGAUUAGGGUGCAGUUUUGGACAAAGUCAAGGUAAAAGUGGAGCUGUGAUAAAUGAUGCCCUCCUCUCCUAUUUUGAUGACUUUCUGACACCGCUAAUGUUUAUGAGAAUGAGACAUCUUAUCUCAAGUAUUCAUUUUCAUUUUUAUUCUCCAUUGACUUUGAGGCCAAAAUCAAUUGGAUUGUAUAAGUUGUGAAACUUUGAUCUAUUUUCGGAGGAGAAUGGCAUUUUAUAUUACAUUCCUUUGAGAGUAAAUAUCUCCCACUAGUCGGUAUAUUCUGUUAAUGUACACAGGCUUAGAGACGCAUUUGACUUGAUGCCUUGGGGUGUUUUACCAUAUUUGCUUUGUAUCUCCUUGGAUAGCAACACACACACACAGAUACACAUAUGCAAUCGGGUAUGCACGCACGCACACACACUCACACACACACACAAACACACAAACACACAGGAUAAUCUCCCUGCAUUCUCCCUGGCUUCUUUUGAUAUUUUCUUUCAGCCAUUCUCUCCCUGACAGGCCUCAUUGGUUUUCCGUUGUUAUUGUUGGGAGGGUUGUUUCGGUUCAGGACCAUUUCUGCUAGUGUUACAAGCCAAAUCUCCCAAAUAACCAUUAGUAAGGUCCUUAGGGGUGGCAGUGAUGGCUGGUUAUACCUCACAAUGGCUGCCUUGUCAUGUCAGGCUGGUUAUACCUCAUAAUGGCUGCCUUGUCAUGUCAGGCUGGUUAUACCUCAUAAUGGCUGCCUUGUCAGGCUGGUUAUACCUCAUAAUGGCUGCCUUGUAAUGUCAGGCUGCUUAUACCUCAUAAUGGCUGCCUUGUCAUGUCAGGCUGGUUAUACCUCAUAAUGGCUGCCUUGUCAGGCUGGUUAUACCUCAUAAUGGCUGCCUUGUAAUGUCAGGCUGCUUAUACCUCAUAAUGGCUGCCUUGUCAUGUCAGGCUGGUUAUACCUCAUAAUGUCUGCCUUGUCAGGCUGGUUAUACCUCAUAAUGGCUGCCUUGUCAUGUCAGGCUGGUUAUACCUCAUAAUGCCUGCCUUGUCAUGUCAGGUUGCUUAUACCUCAUAAUGGCUGCCUUGUCAUGUCAGGCUGGUUAUACCUCAUAAUGGCUGCCUUGUCAUGUCAGGCUGGUUAUACCUCAUAAUGGCUGCCUUGUCAGGCUGGUUAUAUCUCAUGUUCAAGGUUGCCACUGUGCCUUCAACCAGUGAUUUGACUCAGUCCACUCAGAGCUGCUACAUUGUGUUUCACUCCUUGCUGUGGGGGUUGGAUACCUUAGCAUUCACAUCCAUGUCAGUGGGUUUUUUAGAUUAAAUGUGUCUACUUUGAUCAAUAGGAAAAGUAUAACUGUCCUUAUUGAGCACGGAUUGGCUGAAUUUCUCCCAAAGCAGGAAGCAUGACAACCUGUAUUGACUGCUGAUUGGUUGACUGUCUGUCAGGUGGGGAACCUGGGCCUGCUGUUCAUGUUGCUGUUCUUCAUCUACGCUGCCCUGGGGGUGGAACUGUUUGGAGAGCUGGGUGAGUCCCUUUUAAUAAUACCUCAACAUUUACCCUAGAAAUAGUAUUGUUAGGAGAUCUGGCAAGACCUGGUCAGUCAAUUACUAAUAUACUAAUACUCUUAGUAAAAGUAUUUAUCUUCAACUCGCAAUCUGUGGAUUCUAUUCGAUUAGAUAGAUUAAAAUUGUAUGUUAAACAUCACAGCAUAGUUGAAAGAUAUAUGGCGCGUAGAAAUCCGAACAGGGUGGCCAGUAGAGAUAGGUGGGAUGGGCUGAGGGAAGCUGAGGGUUGGGAUGUGGAAUUGGAGACAAGUGGGAGUGGAGUUGCUGGGCGGGGGAAAGAAUGACGGUCAAAGAUAAAGGUUUCCUUUCUCUUUCUCUUUUUUGUCUUUUGUUCAUUUUGUUGGUUGUUGGUGCAUUGGGGGACAGGGGCUUGGGGGGGACAGGGGCUUGGGGGGGACGGGGGUCUUGGGGGGGCGGGGGAAUGGAAUUAUUUUAUUUUUCUUGGGGGGGGGUUCGGAUGUUUGAGGGGCAGCUCUUGGGGAUCUGUGGGGGGGAUAUUGGAGGGCUGGUGGCCUGGCGGUUGGGAGCUUGGGCUGGUGGCUGAUGGGUUGCUGGUUCGGGUCCCCGUUUUUGACCUUGUGGGAGAUCUGUCGACGUGCCCUUGAGCAGGGCGUUGACCCUGGUUGCUUCUGUGUGUCGCUCUGGAUGGGAGUCUGUUAGAUGAAUAAUGUGAUGUAGAUGUUGAGCGGCUUCACUGCCAGUAGAUUGUAUGUUUUAAUAUUUUAAAAAUAUAUAAAUAUUAAUAAUAAUAAUGAAAACAGCUAAGAGAUAAUAGAAAAUGUACUGUACUGAACAAAAACUUCUCAUACUUGAUAAAAAAGCUAAAUGCAUAACCAAAAUGUGCUGUACUGCAGUGGCGAUUUUAGCAUGUAAGUCUUGGUGGGGCAAACUCCCCCCCAAAAAAUGUUAUGCAUGCCAGAAAAGCCACUACACAACACAAUACUAAACAAUACAUUAAUUGCACUAUAACAGUGACAAACGGUGCCUACAAACUGGUAGGGCCUACAUAAAGCUGUCCCAACAGCAGAGCUUACUUUUCAGCAUCAUAGAGGGAAUCCUUACCGCCGCUACACCUGGCUAUCAGAGGAGCCUUGUCUGGCAGUGAAACUGUUCAUUCAGCCUCAUUUACUGACUUUUUAAAAAAACAUAGAUGAUAUGGCUGACUUGCUUAAACAAAUGUGGUUUCUACUAUGUACAAACUAUGGCAUAAGGGGACGACGAACGGAUAAGAGGCAAUCUGUAAUUUUGAUUAAGACAUUAAUAAGCGAGCUAGGACGGACGUAGUCAAUCUAACUAUUUGUUCAGCACUUUUGAAAUGUACAGCGACAGAAUUCAGAACAUUGGCCGUUCUUACUGUAUUCUCCCUGUACACCAAGUCAGAACAGUAGGAUAAAUACAGGGGGCAUAUAAGCAGACAAUGAGAGCUCUUACAAUAUUCAAUUAUUACAUUUCUCUAAAACAGGCUAUAGGCUACAUGUGCACCACCAAGUCAGGACUUGUAAGGGGGAAAGGGACCAAAUUAUUAGGGUGAGGCACAUGGGCUACUAACAGCUUACUACACAACAUACACUUAGUAUUACUUUCUUAUCUACAGUAUACAUAUAUCCCUGGCAUAUUACAUCAUUUAUGCAGCAGGAUACAAUUCAUUUUUGGACUCACCUUGUUGUGCUAUGCUCACUUGAACAGGAAGGUGGACAUUUUGUCAUUCAACUUUGUCAUCAAAGUCAAAGUCUGGCAUUCUCUGGAUUUAUGGUGCUUUCAAGACAACAAGGUUGAAUCAUGACGUCAGUGAUCUUCAGGUCGGAGACUGUAAGUCGCUCUGGAUGAGAGCGUCUGCUAAAUGACUUAAAUGUAAUGUAAAUGUAGAAAGAGGCUCGAGUUCCCGGCUUGGCAUUCCGAGUUGGAUGACAGUUAAAAACGUAUUUUCCCAGUCGGAGCUCGUUUUUUUCAGUUCCCAGUUUCUUGAACUCACUGAAGUCUCAGAUUUCCCAGUUCCGAGUUUCCAGUUGUUUUGAACGAGGCAGAAGUCAUGCUGGAUUGACAGCAUGGCCAAUGUAUUCAACCUUUUCUGGCCCAUGGCAUGUGAAUGGUUAUCCUUUUAAGUUUGUAAAAGAGACCCUUAAACCCAGACUUGGACCACACACACACUCCACUGAAUAGAAGGCGAGUGAUUGCUUUGCAAUGCUUGCAGUUAGCCAUUGAUUCCUUCCAAACCACUCAUUGUUGAAUUUGCAAUUUCCAACUUGUUGUGUAAUGGUUAUGUCCAAUUGCCGAUGAGCACCGAUACAUUUUAUCUAUAAUUUCUCUUCAUAUGACAAGGAUUGAAAAGGAUUUGGCAGUAGAUUGUCAACUUGAUUCAUGAUGAUGACUGCUUGUCUAGCUUGCUAGAUAAGAUUUUGAAAGUAUGAUGUUGACAUGAUCAGUCGAAUCAAACUAUGGUAGAUAUAACGUGAUUUGACUUCAUUUUAUCUGUGGCCAAUGACCUUGAGCCUUCUUGGAUGGGUACUUCAAAUGUAAAUCUAUGGUAGCUCUCCCCGUAGAUUUUGCGGUGAGGUAGUGUCCCCAUGAGUGACAGAACACUGAGCCAAUCACGGCGCAGCUAGAGAACAUUACCAACCCCUACGCUCCAUAUUUUCCGCUGGCUGACCCACCACCACAGAAAGCACUGAGCUAGGCAGAAACACCUGCAUUUUGGAGCUGCCUUAAUCAAGAAAGCAAAAAAGAGACCAUGUUUGUAUGCGGCUUUAUUAAAUAAAAUAUUUUUUGGUUUACAUUGUUCGUAAACUGAUAUGUGGCACGUAUUAAUGCCAAAAUAUCAUGCAAAACAGGUAACAACAAAAAUAAUACCUGAAUGAAUGACAGAUCACCACAUUAAAAAGCUAAAUGCAUAACCAAAAUGUACUGUACUGAACAAAAACGUUUCAUACUUAUACCCUUAUCUUUGGGCCAAAACAAAUAGUCAUUAAAAUAUUACAGUGAACUGUCAGAAAUAUGUAAACAAGUUUUAUGUUUAUUCAUAUUUUGAUGAAUGGUAAACAGUGAUAAAUUGAUCUCUUCUCCCACCUUUCUCUACAUCUCUUCUCCCUUCACACUCUGUCUCUCUCUCUCUCUCUCUCUCUUUCUCUCUCUCUCUCUCUCUCUCUCUCUCUCUCUCUCUUUCUCCUCCCACCUCUCACUGUUUCUCCCUCCCUCCUUCCCUCCCUCCCCUCCAUCUCUCAGUGUGCAAUGCUGACUACCCAUGUGAGGGCAUGAGUCGGCAUGCCACCUUCGAGAACUUCGGCAUGGCCUUCCUCACCCUCUUCCAGGUCUCCACCGGAGACAACUGGAAUGGCAUCAUGAAGGUACACAAAAUACUCAUUCAACGUAUCUGGUAAAAUAAGGGUACAAAUAAUGAAAAAUGGUGUAGGCCAUUUAUGACUUUAAACACUAGAGAAUCAUGGGAAAUGCAGAGAGAGAGAGAGAGAGAGAGAGAGAGAGAGAGUAUGUGUAGUCCUUUAGUUUAACAGAUUCUCUUGUUCCAUAGUAGCAUAGAGGUGACUGAAAUGGCACAGAUCUCUAACCGACAGAGACGACUAGAUAAUGAAGUACUUAUUCACAGAUCUCUAACCGACAGAGACGACUAGCUAAUGAAGUACUUAUUCACAGAUCUCUAACCGACAGAGACGACUAGCUAAUGAAGUACUUAUUCACAGAUCUCUAACCGACAGAGACGACUAGCUAAUGAAGUACUUAUUCACAGAUCUCUAACCGACAGAGACGACUAGCUAAUGAAGUACUUAUUCACAGAUCUCUAACCGACAGAGACGACUAGCUAAUGAAGUACUUAUUCACAGAUCUCUAACCGACAGAGACGACUAGAUAAUGAAGUACUUAUUCACAGAUCUCUAACCGACAGAGCCGACUAGAUAAUGAAGUACUUAUUCACAGAUCUCUAACCGACAGAGCGACUAGCUAAUUAAGUACUCUGUAGCUCAAUUGGUAGAGCAUGGCGCUUGUAACGCCAGGGUAGUGGGUUCAAUCCCCGGGACCACCCAUACGUAAAAUGUAUGCACACAUGACUGUAAGUCGCUUUGGAUAAAAGCAUCAGCUAAAUGGCAUAUUAUUAUUAUAUUAUACUUAUUCACAGAUCUCUAACUGACAGAGACGACUAGCUAAUGAAGUACUUAUUCACAGAUCUCUAACCGACAGAGCCGACUAGCUAAUUAAGUACUUAUUCACAGAUCUUUAACCGACAGAGACGACUAGCUAAUGAAGUACUUAUUCACAGAUCUCUAACCGACAGAGACGACUAGCUAAUGAAGUACUUAUUCACAGAUCUCUAACCGACAGAGACGACUAGAUAAUGAAGUACUUAUUCACAGAUCUCUAACCAACAGAGACGACUAGAUAAUGAAGUACUUAUUCACAGAUCUCUAACCGACAGAGCGACUAGCUAAUGAAGUACUCUGUAGCUCAAUUGGUAGAGCAUGGCGCUUGUAACGCCAGGGUAGUGGGUUCAAUCCCCGGGACCACCCAUACGUAAAAUGUAUGCACACAUGACUGUAAGUCGCUUUGGAUAAAAGCGUCUGCUAAAUGGCAUAUUAUUAUUAUAUUAUACUUAUUCACAGAUCUCUAACUGACAGAGACGACUAGCUAAUGAAGUACUUAUUCACAGAUCUCUAAACGACAGAGACGACUAGCUAAUUAAGUACUUAUUCACAGAUCUCUAACCGACAGAGACGACUAGCUAAUGAAGUACUUAUUCACAGAUCUCUAACCGACAGAGACGACUAGCUAAUGAAGUACUUAUUCACAGAUCUCUAACCGACAGAGACGAUUAGCUAAUUAAGUACUUAUUCACAGAUCUCUAACCGACAGAGACGACUAGCUAAUGAAGUACUUAUUCAUAGAUCUCUAACCAACAGAGACGACUAGCUAAUGAAGUACUUAUUCACAGAUCUCUAACCAACAGAGACGACUAGAUAAUGAAGUACUUAUUCACAGAUCUCUAACCGACAGAGACGACUAGCUAAUGAAGUACUUAUUCACAGAUCUCUAACCGACAGAGACGAUUAGCUAAUGAAGUACUUAUUCACAGAUCUCUAACCGACAGAGACGACUAGCUAAUGAAGUACUUAUUCACAGAUCUCUAACCGACAGAGACGAUUAGCUAAUGAAGUACUUAUUCACAGAUCUCUAACCGUCAGAGACGACUAGAUAAUGAAGUACUUAUUCACAGAUCUCUAACCGACAGAGACGACUAGCUAAUGAAGUACUUAUUCACAGAUCUCUAACCGACAGAGACGACUAGCUAAUGAAGUACGUAUUCAUAGAUCUCUAACCAACAGAGACAACUAGCUAAUGAAGUACUUAUUCACAGAUCUCUAACCGUCAGAGACGACUAGAUAAUGAAGUACUUAUUCACAGAUCUCUAACCGACAGAGACGACUAGCUAAUGAAGUACUUAUUCACAGAUCUCUAACCGACAGAGACGACUAGCUAAUGAAGUACUUAUUCACAGAUCUCUAACCGACAGAGCCGACUAGAUAAUGAAGUACUUAUUCACAGAUCUCUAACCGACAGAGCGACUAGCUAAUUAAGUACUCUGUAGCUCAAUUGGUAGAGCAUGGCGCUUGUAACGCCAGGGUAGUGGGUUCAAUCCCCGGGACAACCCAUACGUAAAAUGUAUGCACACAUGACUGUAAGUCGCUUUGGAUAAAAGCAUCAGCUAAAUGGCAUAUUAUUAUUAUAUUAUACUUAUUCACUGAUCUCUAACUGACAGAGACGACUAGCUAAUGAAGUACUUAUUCACAGAUCUCUAACCGACAGAGCCGACUAGCUAAUUAAGUACUUAUUCACAGAUCUUUAACCGACAGAGACGACUAGCUAAUGAAGUACUUAUUCACAGAUCUCUAACCGACAGAGACGACUAGCUAAUGAAGUACUUAUUCACAGAUCUCUAACCGACAGAGACGACUAGAUAAUGAAGUACUUAUUCACAGAUCUCUAACCAACAGAGACGACUAGAUAAUGAAGUACUUAUUCACAGAUCUCUAACCGACAGAGCGACUAGCUAAUGAAGUACUCUGUAGCUCAAUUGGUAGAGCAUGGCGCUUGUAACGCCAGGGUAGUGGGUUCAAUCCCCGGGACCACCCAUACGUAAAAUGUAUGCACACAUGACUGUAAGUCGCUUUGGAUAAAAGCGUCUGCUAAAUGGCAUAUUAUUAUUAUAUUAUACUUAUUCACAGAUCUCUAACCGACAGAGACGACUAGCUAAUGAAGUACUUAUUCACAGAUCUCUAAACGACAGAGACGACUAGCUAAUUAAGUACUUAUUCACAGAUCUCUAACCGACAGAGACGACUAGCUAAUGAAGUACUUAUUCACAGAUCUCUAACCGACAGAGACGAUUAGCUAAUGAAGUACUUAUUCACAGAUCUCUAACCGACAGAGACGAUUAGCUAAUUAAGUACUUAUUCACAGAUCUCUAACCGACAGAGACGACUAGCUAAUGAAGUACUUAUUCAUAGAUCUCUAACCAACAGAGACGACUAGCUAAUGAAGUACUUAUUCACAGAUCUCUAACCGACAGAGACGACUAGAUAAUGAAGUACUUAUUCACAGAUCUCUAACCGACAGAGACGACUAGCUAAUGAAGUACUUAUUCACAGAUCUCUAACCGACAGAGACGAUUAGCUAAUGAAGUACUUAUUCACAGAUCUCUAACCGUCAGAGACGACUAGCUAAUGAAGUACUUAUUCACAGAUCUCUAACCGACAGAGACGAUUAGCUAAUGAAGUACUUAUUCACAGAUCUCUAACCGUCAGAGACGACUAGAUAAUGAAGUACUUAUUCACAGAUCUCUAACCGACAGAGACGACUAGCUAAUGAAGUACUUAUUCACAGAUCUCUAACCGACAGAGACGACUAGCUAAUGAAGUACGUAUUCAUAGAUCUCUAGCCAACAGAGACAACUAGCUAAUGAAGUACUUAUUCACAGAUCUCUAACCGUCAGAGACGACUAGAUAAUGAAGUACUUAUUCACAGAUCUCUAACCGACAGAGACGACUAGCUAAUGAAGUACUUUUUCACAGAUCUCUAACCGUCAGAGACGAUUAGCUAAUGAAGUACUUAUUCACAGAUCUCUAACCGACAGAGACGACUAGCUAAUGAAGUACUUAUUCACAGAUCUCUAACCAACAGAGACGACUAGCUAAUGAAGUACUUAUUCACAGAUCUCUAACCGUCAGAGACGACUAGAUAAUGAAGUACUUACAUUAACAUUUACAUUUUAGUCAUUUAGCAGACGCUCUUAUCCAGAGCGACUUACAGUUAGUGAAUACAUAUUUUUUUUAUACUGGCCCCCUGUGGGAAUCGAACCCACAACCCUGGCGUUGCAAACGCCAUGCUCUAUCAACUGAGCUACAUCCCUGCCGGCCAUUCCCUCCCCUACCAUGGACGACGCUGGGCCAAUUGUGCGCCGCUCAUGAGUCUCCCGGUCGCGGCCGGCGGCGACAGAGCCUGGAUUCGAACCAGGAUCUCCAGUGUCGAUGCAGUGCCUUAGACCACUGCGCCACUUAUUCACAGAUCUCUAACCGACAGAGCCGACUAGCUAAUUAAGUACUUAUUCACAGGGAGCUGAUAAUACUUCAUAACUUCGAUUUCUUUCUUUCUUUCUAUCUGUUUCUUUUUUUCCUUUUUUCUGUCUCUCCUCCAGGACACUCUGCGUGAGUGCCCCCCAGGUCCCAGUGACUACCCGUGCCACGCUGGACUCCAGUUCAUCUCUCCCAUGUACUUUGUCUCCUUCGUCCUCACCGCCCAGUUCGUACUCAUCAAUGUGGUGGUGGCCGUGCUCAUGAAGGUAUGGGACACACACACACAGCGCAGACCAGUCCGUCCUCAUAAAACACACACACACUGACACACACACACCACUGUGCAAUGCCAUGGAACUGAAUGUCUAAACGUAGAACAAGAUUCCAAAUAUUACUGAAAGGGUUCAUAUAAUGCUCAAAGACGCUAAGAUGGCGUCCGGUGUAGAAGUUGGCCAAACUCUCUAUGGCUCUGGGUAUGAGGGGUUGACAGCAGAACAUAAGAGCCAAUUACAAUGUCACAGUUGGAUAACUAAAGUCAUAUUAACUGUUUUCCUUGAAGCACCUUGACGACUCAAACAAAGAGGCCCAGGAGGAUGCUGAGAUGGAUGCAGAGAUUGAGCUGGAGCUUGCCCAGGGACAACUCCAACUACCCACCUGCUGCAUGGGGGUGCUGGGCACUGGGCUAGUCGUGGCUGGGGCCUCUGGAGCUCCUGGA